AGUGAGAAUUCCAAGGGUUUCCAGACUCCAAAACUGAAGAAAAUAUUUCAGCCAUCCUCCCUUUUGGCUGGCUGUGGGGUAGGUUCCUGUCCCCUCUGUACAGCAAGGGCUACAAAUGUCCUUCUUUCACUGCCCCACAGAACUGGGGGUUCUCUUGUUCUCCACCGUGUUUGAAGGUCAUUGUCCUUGUCCCUACAAAGAUCAGUAUGGCUUUGUCCCCCAACCCAUCACAUCCUGCUACAGAUGACCAUCUGCCCCUCCUGCUGCCUCUGUGCUGGGGUGCCUUGGGCCCUGUCACUCUGAUCUAUGGCAGCAACAACAGACCCUCGGGAAUCCCUUCCCGAUUCUCCGGAUCCUGGUCCAGCUACACGGGCACGUUAACCAUCACUGGGGUCCAAGCCGAGGACGAGGCUGUCUAUUACUGUGGUGGUGAUGACAGCAGUGGUAGUGAUAAGGACGAGUAAUGGGGAAGUGAGACACAGAAGCCAGUGUCAGGAGAGGAAGGUUUUGAGCCAUUUUUUCUCAUGGACAAACAAAGCCGUGAUAGUGGAGUUGAGGCGGGUUCCUGUCCCCUGCCUAAGGACAUGAAUGUUCAUGACAAGGCAUAGGAGGGGACUCUUUCCCCUGUCCCCAUAAUAGGAAUUCCACUGCCUCAUCUCCAGACCUGUUGCCUUUUGCUUCAGGCGGCUCCCUCCUGCUGCUGCAGCUGCUACUGCUGAAGCUGCUUCUCCUGCAUUGCUCUGGGCCAGGCUGGGCCCUGAUUCCCCCAGAGGUUUCUGUAGCCACGACCAGGUCCCUUUCCCCAAGAGGGUGAUGGUCUAUUGCUCUGCUGCUGCCAGCUCUCCUUCCAGGUCCAUGGGUCUCUAAUCUUCCUCUCUGUCUUGAGUCUGUGUGUCCCACUGUGGCAUGGACCAUGGGCACAGGAGGCUGUCAUACUGCCUGGGUAGGGAUGUGCUCCCAGGGCAAUGGCUCACCCCAUCUUAUUGCCUUUCACCUCUCCUUCUCCAGGCUCCCUGGUACAGUCAGUCAUCCUUGGUGCCAGACAACCUGGGACAAAGUGUCUGGGCUAUAUGCUCUGAGAGCCACAAUGAGUAUGGCUGGUACCAGCAGAAGGUCCCUGGCACUGCCCCUGUCACUGUGAUCUACUGGGAUGACGUAAGACCCUCGGACAUUCCUUUAUUCAACAGCAGCAGUGCUGAUCUCAUGCAAAACACCUUGAUCUGCUGCAGGGGCAGCAACAAUGCUUAUGGCUGGUACCAGCAGAAGGUCCCUGGCACUGCCCCUGUCACUGUGAUCUAUGCUGGUAACAGCAGACCCUCGGACAUCCCUUCGCGAUUCUCCGCGUCCACAUCCGGCUCCACGAACACGUUAACCAUCACUGGGGUCCAAGCCGAGGACGAGGCUGUCUAUUUCUGUGGUGGUGAGGACAGCAGCAGCAGUGCUUCCACCGUGAUGUGCAGCAGUUGGGGAAGUGAUGCAAAAACCUCCUGCUAUUGCAAGUAUCAGUCAGGAGUUUCUGCUGUGCCUGCUUGA